GCAGGCCGGGCCGCGACGCCGGCGCCAGGGGCUUCACCAUGAGCGUUCCCGACUACAUGCAGUGUGCCGAGGACCACCAGACCCUCCUGGUGGUGGUGCAGCCGGUGGGCGUCGUCUCGGAGGAGAACUUCUUCCGCGUGUACCGCAGGAUCUGCGCCGUGAGCCAGGUCAGCGUGCGUGACUCGCAGCGCCAGCUCUGCAUCCGCUACCGCCACCACUACCCGCCCGAAAACAACGAGUGGGGCGACUUCCAGGCGCACCGCAAGGUGGUGGGCCUCAUCACUGUCACCGACUGCUUCUCGGCUGAGGACUGGCCACAGACCUUCGAGAAGUUCCACGUGCAGAAGGAGCUGUACGGUGCCACGCUCUAUGACUCACGCCUCCUGGUCUUCGGGCUGCAGGGCGAUGUGGCCGAGCAGCCACGCACCGAUGUGGCCUUCUACCCCAGCUACGACGACUGCGCCUCGGUGGAGCGGCGCGUGGAGGACUUCAUCGAGUCGCUCUUCAUCGUGCUGGAGUCCAAGCGCCUGGACAGGGCCACCGACAAGUCCGGGGACAAGAUCCCCCUCCUCUGUGUCCCCUUUGAGAAAAAGGACUUUGUGGGACUGGACACAGACAGUAGACAUUACAAGAAGCGGUGCCAGGGGCGCAUGCGGAAGCACGUGGGGGACCUGUGCCUGCAGGCCGGCAUGCUGCAGGACGCGCUGGUGCACUACCACAUGUCCGUGGAGCUCCUGCGCUCCGUCAACGACUUCCUGUGGCUAGGAGCUGCCCUGGAAGGGCUCUGCUCCGCUUCUGUCAUCUACCACUACCCCGGUGGCACUGGCGGCCCGGCCGGAGGCCGAAGGUUCCAGGCUGGGGUGCUUCCUGCCGAGGCAGCCAACAGACACCGGCCAGGGGCACAGGAGGUUCUCAUUGACCCAGGCGCCCUCACCACCAAUGGCAUCAACGCCGACACGAGCGCCGAGAUUGGGCGUGCAAAGAACUGCCUCAGCCCCGAGGACAUCAUCGACAGAUACAAGGAGGCCAUCUCCUACUACAGCAAGUAUAAGAACGCUGGAGUGAUCGAGCUGGAAGCUUGCGUCAAAGCCGUGCGUGUCCUCGCCAUCCAGAAGCGGAGCAUGGAGGCGUCCGAAUUCCUGCAGAACGCGGUCUACAUUAAUCUCCGACAGCUCUCCGAGGAGGAGAAGAUCCAGCGCUACAGCAUCCUGUCCGAGCUGUACGAGCUGAUCGGCUUCCACCGCAAGUCGGCCUUCUUCAAGCGCGUGGCGGCCAUGCAGUGCGUGGCGCCCAGCGUGGCCGAGCCCGGCUGGCGGGCCUGCUACAAGCUGCUCCUGGAGACGCUCCCCGGCUACAGCCUGUCGCUCGACCCCAAGGACUUCAACAAAGGCAUGCACCGGGGCUGGGCCGCCGUCCAGAUGCGGCUGCUCCACGAGCUGGUCUAUGCCUCCCGCAGGAUGGGGACCCCUGCCCUCUCCGUCCGGCACCUGUCCUUCCUGCUGCAGACCAUGCUGGAUUUUCUGUCGGAUCAAGAAAAGAAAGACGUGACGCAGAGCCUGGAGAGUUACACCUCCAAGUGCCCCGGGACAAUGGAGCUCAUCAGCCUCCCAGAUGGCCUCGUCCUGCCACCUGUGCCCUUCACCAAGCUCCCCAUUGUCAGGCACGUGAAGCUGCUGAACCUCCCUGCCAGCCUGCGGCCCCAGAAGGUGAAGAGCUUGCUGGGGCAGGGCGUGUCGGCCAAGAGCCCCUUCAUCUACUCGCCCAUCAUCGCGCACAGCCGCGGGGAGGAGCGCAGCAAGAAGAUCGAUUUCCAGUGGGUCCAAGGAGACGUGUGCGAGGUGCAGCUGAUGGUGUACAACCCGAUGCCCUUUGAACUCAGGGUUGAAAACAUGGGGCUCCUGACGAGCGGAGUGGAGUUCGAGUCUCUGCCUGCAGCGCUCUCCUUGCCAGCCGAGUCCGGCCUCUACCCCGUCACGCUGGUCGGAGUCCCGCAGACGACCGGGACGAUCUCUGUGAAUGGUUACCACACCACGGUCUUCGGCGUCUUCAGUGACUGCUUGCUGGACAACCUCCCGGGGGUGAAGACCAGCGGCUCCACCGUGGAAGUCAUCCCUGCCCUGCCCAGACUCCAGAUCAGCACGUCUCUGCCCAGAUCCGCACACUCACUGCAGCCUUCCUCAGGGGACGAAGUAUCUACUAAUGUGUCCGUCCAGCUGUACAAUGGAGAAACGCAGCAACUUGUCAUUAAAUUGGAAAAUAUUGGCAUGGAACCUUUGGAGAAACUGGAAGUCACGUCAAAAAUUCUCACUACGAAAGAAAAACUGUAUGGCGACUUCUUGAGCUGGAAGCUGGAAGAGGCCCUUGCCCAGUUCCCUCUGCAGCCCGGGAAGGUGGCCACUUUCACCGUCAACAUCAAAGUGAAGCUGGAUUUCUCCUGCCAGGAGAGCCUCCUCCAAGACCUCAGUGACGAUGGAAUCAGCGUGAGUGGGUUUCCCCUGUGCAGCCCCUUCCGGCAGGUGGUGAGGCCCCGCGCUGAGAGCAGACCCGGGAACCCGCCCGAGGGCAGCAGGCCGGGGGACGCGAGCCCCGUGAAGACCCUGGAAGCGAUCCUGAACUUCAAGUACUCAGGAGGCCCGGGCCACGUCGAGGGCUACUACCGGAGCCUGUCGCUGGGGCUGCACGUGGAGGCCGAGCCGUCCGUUGUCUUCACCCGCGUCAGCACUCUGCCGGCCACCAGCACCCGGCAGUGCCACCUGCUGCUGGACGUCUUCAACUCCACGGACCACGAGCUGGCGGUGACUGCCCGGAGUGAUGAGGAGCUGAUCCUGCACCCCAGCGAGUGCCAGCGAAUGGCGAUUCAAGUGGACAAGUUCAACUUUGAGAGUAUCCCCGAGUCCCCCGGGGAGAAGGGGCAGUUUGCAAACUCAAAGCAGCUGGAAGCCGCGCGGCAGGAGGCCCGGGGCCUGGAGAUCAACAACAGGCUGGGGCUCCGCUGGACCAUCCCUUCUCUGAAGCGCACGGGCGAGGCGAGCGUGGAAGGCCUCCUGAACCAGCUGGUGCUGGAGCACCUGCAGCUGGCGCCGCUGCAGUGGGACGUGCUGGUGGACGGAGUGCCCUGUGACUGCGAGGCCACAGCCUGCCGGGUGGGCGACCCCGUGCGCCUGGAGGUGCGGCUGACCAACCAGAGCCCGCGCAGCGUGGGGCCCUUCGCCCUGACCGUGGUCCCCUUCCAGGACCACCAGAACGGCGCGCACAACUACGACCUGCAGCACGCGGUCUCCUUCGUGGGCUCCAGCACCUUCUACCUGGAUGCGGUGCAGCCGGCCGGGCAGUCUGCCUGCCUCGGGGCCCUCCUCUUCCUCUACACAGGCGACUUCUUCCUGCACAUCCGCUUCCACGAGGACUGCUCGAGCAAGGAGCUGCCGCCGUCCUGGUUCUGCCUGCCCAGCGUGCACCUGCGGGCCCUGGAGGCCCAGGCCUAGCGCCGCCGUCGGCCCUGCCCCCGCGGGCACAGGUGUGCCCCACGCCCCGGCAGCCUCCCCCUUUCUCCUGCAGCCUCCUGGGCUCCAGACUUGGCAGCCUCACCUGUCCCCGCCGCCCCCAGCGCCCCCAGCUGGAGCCUGGUGCUGGCCAGAGCCCAGGGGAUGGUGCCACCCUGUCCGGUCCUGGGGCCUGGGGCUCACAGCUCAGCCUGCCCUGGGAGGGGAGGGUGCGCGUGAGGGAGGGGUGCAGCCGGUGCGCCUGGGGAGCUCCUUACCCUGGAUACUCGGAAUCUCUCAGGCAGGCACCGGGGCACGGGAGGCGGCGCUGGGGUUAGCGCAGGGGCUUGCGGCCAAGCCCGAGCCAGCAGCCCAGCCCCCAGGCUGCCCCCGUCUCCACCCCAGGAGCUCUGUGCACUGCGGCCACUUCUCAAUAAAGGGCCUCCCCGUCCCUCCGCUGGUCCAUGCGUCCAACC